AUGGAUUCAGACGAUGAAAUUGAAGAAUCAUCAAAAUGGAAAGGAAGACCUGGUACUAUAAUUCUUAUAAAUGCUCUAGAAGAUUCAAGUGUAACUGCCGUUGCACAAGAAGCCUCAUGCCGUUUAAUCAGACAAUAUUUGAGAUCGUCGAGCGCUCAUAUUAUCGGCGUUACCAUUUAUGGAACAGAACAAACCAAAUCUGCUUUUAAUACAAGUAAUGUUGUCGAUAUAUUUCCUAUGAAUGUGCCAACUUUGGAUGGUUAUAAAAAACUACGUGCCGCAAACAUAGAAUCGUAUGGGAAAGCAAAAGAAUUAAUACUUUCGGAAGUCUUAUGGCAUUGCAGCAAAAUAUUUAAAAAUUGUAAUAAGACUUUGUCAUCAAAGACUGUUAUUAUUUUAACUCAGCUAAAUAACUCUCCAAUAGAGACUGAUAGAGAAAGAACCCUGAAAAGAGUUAUUGAUUUAGCAGAGUCUUAUACAGAAAUAAAAUGUAUAAAUAUUUCAAUGAAUGAUUAUCCAAUCAAUCCAUUUUAUCAAAAGUUUUUGAUUGAAGCGAAUAAAUCAAAGGAUUAUAUUUUACCAAAAGCUAUUUGGGAUAGCAAAGCUAUAGAAACUUUAAUGUACAUACAUUCUCACCGCCAUUUAGCUGUUGCAAAAUUGUGUUUUGAAAUUGGUAAUGGUUUAUCUAUAGGUGUAGGGGUUUAUAGUCUUUUAAAAAGUUCCAGUCAAUCUCAUCAUAAGACAUCAAAACUAGAUAAAGAAACCAAUGAAGUUGUUGAAAGUGUAACAAAGACAACCAAAGUAACAAUAGGGUCUGGCAACUCAUUUCCUAAAGAUGACAAUGAUAUUAAGGAAGUCCCAUUACUAAAAUCAGAACUAUUAUUCUAUCAAGAGUAUGGAGGUGAGAGAAUAGAGUUUACUGAAAAAGAAAAGAAAGCAAUAGAAAAUCCAUUUGGACCCCCCAUGAUUAAGUUAUUGGGCUUCAAGCCAGCCACAAUAUUGUGUAAAGAAAAGUGGUUUUUGAAAUCAAGUUACUUUAUAUUCCCAAGUGAAAGUGUCAUUGAAGGUUCAACAAUUGCAUUUAAAGCUUUACAUAAGGCUUGUACCGAGAUGAAUACUGUAGCUAUAUGUAUAUUGUGUACAAGAGUCAAUGCAAGACCUACUAUUGUUGCUCUUGUCCCCUGCACUAACCCUUUAGACCUUGAUAUUGAAAUUGGAUUUGAUGUUAUUUUUAUACCAUUUAUAGAAAAUGUAAGAGACAUACCAGCUUUUGAUAACACCGAUCAAAACAUAGUAGUUGAAAAUGCACACAAAGUUUUAAUGAAGGACAUGUUGACAAGCUUACAAUUUGAUUACAAAGCUGAUAUGUUUGAAAACCCCAAAUUACAGUCUGAAUAUAGGGCAAUUGAAGCAAAAUCCUUACAAGAAGAAAAUAUGGAACCGUUUGUUGAUACAACAAAACCAAAUCUUGAAAAAUUCCAAGAUAUCAGGGAUGACUUAUUUGAGGAACUGUUUGGACCUUUCGGAGUAUUAUCAAUAAAAAGAUCAAAAAAUGAAAACGAGUCUAGUAUCAAUACCAAGAAAGUGAAAUCAGAAGAUAUUAAUGAGGAUGAAUUACAAGAAAAAAUAAGCAAUAAAACUGUUGAUAGCUACACAAUUACUCAAUUAAAAAAUAUAUUAAAGAAUAAAAGCACUUCCGAAGUACCAGCUAUGACUGGUUUAAAAAAAAAUGCACUUGUUAAUUUAGUCUAUAAGCACUGCAAGUGA